CGCGACACAACAAAGUCCCCACCAUCUUCUCUGUCUCUCUCUCUCGGCGAAGCGAAGCAGAGCAAGCAACGCACAAGAAACACGCGAGCUGCAAGUCGGUGAAUCGCAGGGUCUAAGCCAAGCAAGCGAUCGAGGGAGCGCCGAUGAUGGCGGUUGCGGGGUGGUGGUGCUGGCCGCUGCCGGCGUGGCUGGGCUCCGGCGCGGCGUGGUUCGUCCUGCUCAACGUCGUCGUGGGCGCCAUCUUCGCGCUGUCGUCCCGGGCGCAGCCGCAGUCCCCGUCGCCGCGACGCGGGAGCGGGAUCACGCGCAGGGCGUCGUCGGUGCUGCUGCAGCGGCUCCGGUCCUUCUCCGUCUUCUCCUCCCCGUCGCCGGGCUUCCACACGGACGCGGCGCUGCCGGAGGACUCGCACGCCACCUUCCGUGGGACAGAGGAGGCCGGGACGAGCGCGAGGGCGUGGUCGCCGUCGACCCCGCGGGCGCCAACAGCGUCUGCACCGGCGAGAAAGGAGCAGGACGAGGAUGACGUGGACUCGUUGAGCAUGGACGACGUGUACGCCCUUGUGCAGGCGCGACGGCAGCAGCCGCCGCCGACGCCGACGGAGGAGGAGGCGGCAGGGUCGGAGGUGGACGCCAAGGCGGAGGAGUUCAUCCGGGGGUUCAAGGACGACCUCAGGCAGCAGCGCCUCGACUCCAUCUUCAACUACACGCAGAUGCUCAAGCAGCGCGCCGCGGGCCGCGGGACUACGCCGGUGGCCGAGCCAGAUACUACCGAUCAGUGAUCACCUGAUCGUUGAAACUUCAAACCAUGUCCAGGAAGGGCCAACUCAGGCUUGAGUUGCUGCCAUGGACGUCGCCGCCAGCAGCCGGUCCACAUUUGGAUCACGUGCUGGAUUCAUUUUUUCUUCUUCAUAUAGGAUUGCUUCAUUCGUUUGUUGAAGGGAGAGCUAUCCACUUUUUGAGAUGCUCUCGUCCUCUCGUGUACAAAAUACAGAGGCAUUCGGUGGUCGAAUGUUUACAAGUCGUGUAGGUUUUAGCAGAUUGCUUCUACUCAAGCAAAUAGUGUGGCUUUACUUUUGGCUUGCUUGUA